AACACUAUUUCGAUUUGCAUAGCGAUCCUUUCAGGGAAGUUCGGAGAUUCGUGUAACUACUCCUGCCACUGUGGACACUCAUGUAACCAGACAACUGGAGUUUGUGGAGGUGGCUGUGAUAAAGGCUGGGUGGGAGGACACGGAGGAACUUGUCAAAAAGAAAACGUUGCCUACGGGAAGCAUGCCGUUUCUGAACCUGGAGAUCAAACUUCCUGGUCUGCAAGCAAAGAUGUGGAUGGGAACUGGGACCAUUACUCCUGCUUCCACUCCAAACGUCAACCAAGUGUUUGGACGGUGGACCUGGGACAGCACUACAGGAUACACGACGUCAGGAUAUAUGUGUAUCCAGGACGUCCUUGGGGAAUGAAAACCGCUGUCCUCUCUCUGAGUAACUCCAGCAGCUCCACAUCUGGCGUACCUUGCUACAUCUUCCCCCAAAACACUGCAACAGGCAACUCUGUGUACGAUGUGAUCUGUGAUGGUAGGGGGCGAUACUUCACCAUUACACAGAGCCGGAGUCUCUGCAAGGUUGAGAUCUAUGGUAUGGCCUGA